AUGAAGGCCUUAGCCAGAAGUUACGUGUGGUGGCCAAACCUGGACAGGGAUAUAGAAGAUUUGGCAAGAUCAUGUGAACAGUGUCAAAACCAGAAGAGUAGACCAAGCACUACUAAACCCUCACAUCCAUGGAUCUACCCAACAUCACCAUGGGAACGUGUCCUUGCGGAUUUUGCAGAGUUUGCGGGAAAGCAGUGUUUACUUAUUGUAGAUGCCUUCUCUAAAUGGCCGGAAGUCCACGAACUGGGUAUACAUGCUACUACAGGGCAGACAAUUGAAGCUUUGCGAAGAAGCUUUUCUUGUCAUGGAUUGCCACAGCGACUUGUAACCGACAACGGUCCUCAGUUUAGGGCACAAGACUUCAAGAAGUUUAUGGAGGCCAAUGGAAUCAAGCAUCAACUGACUCCACCCUACGAUCCUGCAUCUAAUGGACAGAUUGAGCGAAUGAUACAAGAGUUGAAAAAGAGCUUGAAGGUUCGACCAGCGGGAAGAUCAAUAAGUCAUCAAGUGUCUUCGUUCCUUCUACACUAUCGUACGACUCCACAUACUGCAACAGGCAAAACUCCUGCCGAACUGUUGAUCAAACGAAUACCAAGAACCAAGUUAUCUUUGUUGCGCCCAGAGGUAAGUGACAUUGACAGAGAUGAACAGAGAAUCAAGUUCGAGGAAGCUACCAAACGAUCAAGACAACUGGAUCCUGGUUGUAAAGUCUGUGUGUGGAAUCCACGUCAAGAUAGUCGUGGUAGGUGGUUGGUGGGAACCGUUGAACAACAGCUAGGACCAACCAGCUAUUUAGUGAAUGUGGAAGGACAUUCCAGGUACGUGCAUAUAGACCAAAUGCGUUGGAGAGAUCAACGGAGUGUACCAGAAACAGCUGAUGUAAGUGUACCAGAGAUAGAGGUGGAAGAGAUACCAGUACCAGUCAUUCCUGUGAAAGAGACAGGACAAGUAGUUCAAUCUACUAAACACAAGGACCAAGAUGAGGAGUCUACCUUGAUCUCCAAGGAAAUGUUAUCACCUCCAGAAGACCACGAGAUUGAGACUUCCAGACGUUAUCCAAUGAGACAAAACAGACAACCACCAGCAAGAUAUCGUGAACAAUAG